AUGGUCGAUGCCGAGGACCUUAUUCCUCCUUCCGAUGACCUCAAAAUAGGGGCUCUUAGUGAUGAGGAUCACCAAGAUGAUGACGAGAUGCAAGAGGAAAUUGUGGGUAAUGAACUCAUGACUCUACAGAGUGAUGAUGUUUUGGGGGACGAGCUUACUGAAAUGGAACGUCACGAUGAGUUGAUACGAAAAUUCCCAAUAACCCAAUUCUUAUGA